AUGGCAUUUCAUCCAUCAAUUAAAAGUUCUGGUCUUUAUCCAACAAGUUAUGCACCAUAUUUAUUUCGUGAUUGGAUGCGUAAAAUGCUGCAUGAUUGGCAUUUUGAAAACAUUUGUUGUGCACAUUUGGAUCUUAAAAUGGGUGAGGCAUAUGCUGAUGUUACUACAUUACUUAAUAAUGCCGAGCCUUUAUUUGCUAAAAUUAGUGAGAAAAAUCGAAGAAAGAAUCCUGGAGAUGAAAUACCAUUUGGUAAUUAUCCAAAUAUCAAUGUUAGUGAUGAUGAAUGUGGAUAA